ACUACCAUGUCCUGCAAGGCUCUGGCCCUCUGCCUCCUGGGGCUCCUGACUCUCUCCUCCGCUUGCUACAUCCAGAACUGCCCCAUCGGGGGCAAACGAGCUGUGCUGGACAUGGACAUCAGGAAGUGCCUGCCCUGCGGUCCCCGGAACAAGGGCCACUGCUUCGGGCCCAACAUCUGCUGCGGGGAGGAGCUGGGCUGCUACAUCGGCACCUCGGAGGCGCUGCGCUGCCAGGAGGAAAACUUCCUGCCCACCCCCUGCGAGUCGGGACGCAAACCCUGCGGCUCCGGAGGGAGCUGCGCCGCUCCCGGCAUCUGCUGCAGCACCGAGGGCUGUGGCACUGACUCAUCCUGUGACCAGGAGCUGCUGUUCGUGUAGCCCAGCCGGGAGAGAACCUGCAGCAUCCCGCAUCCAUCGCUGUCCCAGCCCCACCCUGGGCUGUGACUCAGACUGAAGUGAUGAGCUUAAUUAGAAAUAAAACUUGGACAGAAAAACAACCCAGACACAAGUGUGUGAGUUUUGUGUGCUCGCCUGGUUGAGGUGCAGGCUCGGGAGAAAAUAUUUUUAGGGAAAAGUGGAGGUAAAAAGUGAGGGUUUCAGGUCAAUGAACUGAGGGAGGGAGGGAAGGAGGAAGAGGGACCUGCAGACCAUGGCUGAACCAUAGCAAACUCCAGGCUCAACACUGGGCAGCCCAAAACCAGAAGUUUUAGGACAAAGCUGAUAGCCUGCAAGACCCCAACAACCUAGAACACCAAAGCCAUUACAAUUUUAUCUAUACCUUCAGUGGUGAUGAAUAAAUUAAGCCUAAAGGGAGGAAUAAGGACACAGCAGAAAUCCUGGAUCAUUCAAACACAUUUUCUUAUUCAGCCACACCAAGGGAUGUGCAAAGGAAGGUCUGAAGUGUGAAAUCAGGAUUACAAUUAAUUCCUUCCCC